AAGCUGUGGCCACUGAGCAGGCGGGGCUGCUGCCUGUGUCUCUGCGGGCCUGGGCCCCGCGCAGCUCCCUGGGUGCUGUCCCCGGCCGCGCCACGCUCUCUCCGUCGUCCCCCUGCCACUCGGGCCCCCCUCCUCACCGCCCCCGGCGCCAUGGCGUGCAGCCUCAAGGACGAGCUGCUCUGUUCCAUCUGUCUGAGCAUCUACCAGGACCCGGUGAGCCUGGGCUGUGAGCACUACUUCUGCCGCCGCUGCAUCACCGAGCACUGGGUGCGGCAGGAGGCGCAGGGCGCCCGCGACUGCCCCGAGUGCCGGCGCACGUUUGCUGAGCCCGCGCUCGCGCCCAGCCUCAAGCUGGCCAACAUCGUGGAGCGCUACAGCGCCUUCCCGCUGGACGCCAUCCUCAAUGCACGCCGGGCCGCGCGAUCGUGCCAGGCGCACGACAAGGUCAAGCUCUUCUGCCUCACCGACCGCGCGCUGUUGUGCUUUUUCUGCGAUGAGCCCGCGCUGCACGAGCAGCACCAGGUCACCGGCAUCGACGAUGCCUUCGAGGAGUUGCAGAGGGAGCUGAAGGAGCAGCUUCAGGCCCUUCAGGACAGCGAGCGGGAGCACACGGAGGCUCUGCAGCUGCUCAAGCGACAGCUGGCGGAGACCAAGUCUUCCACCAAAAGCCUGCGGACCACCAUUGGUGAGGCCUUCGAGCGGCUGCACCGGCUGCUGCGUGAGAGGCAGAAGGCCAUGUUGGAGGAGCUGGAGGCAGACACAGCCCGCACACUGACUGACAUUGAACAGAAGGUCCAGCGCUACAGCCAGCAGCUGCGCAAGGUGCAGGAGGGUGCCCAGAUCCUGCAGGAGCGGCUGGCUGAAACCGACCGGCACACCUUCCUGGCUGGGGUGGCCUCCCUGUCUGAGCGGCUUAAGGGGAAAAUCCAUGAGACCAACCUGACGUAUGAAGACUUCCCGACCUCCAAGUACACGGGUCCCCUGCAGUACACCAUCUGGAAAUCCCUGUUCCAGGAUAUCCACCCAGUUCCAGCCGCCCUGACCCUGGACCCAGGCACUGCUCACCAGCGCCUGAUCCUAUCCGACGACUGCACCAUUGUGGCCUAUGGGAACCUGCACCCACAGCCUCUGCAGGACUCCCCAAAGCGCUUUGACGUGGAGGUGUCAGUGCUGGGCUCUGAGGCCUUCAGUAGUGGCGUCCACUACUGGGAGGUAGUGGUGGCGGAGAAGACCCAGUGGGUGAUCGGGUUGGCACAUGAGGCUGCCAGCCGUAAGGGAAGCAUCCAGAUCCAGCCAAGCCGUGGCUUCUACUGCAUCGUCAUGCAUGACGGUAACCAGUACAGCGCCUGCACAGAGCCCUGGACGCGGCUCAACGUCCGGGACAAGCUUGAUAAGGUGGGUGUCUUCCUGGACUACGACCAGGGCCUGCUCAUCUUCUACAAUGCCGACGACAUGUCCUGGCUCUACACCUUCCGUGAGAAGUUCCCUGGUAAGCUCUGCUCCUACUUCAGCCCCGGCCAGAGCCACGCCAAUGGCAAGAACGUCCAGCCACUGCGGAUCAAUACUGUUCGCAUCUAGUCUUGGCCAAGGGGGGACCACAGCCUCCUGGGGCCACUACCACCAGCAAGCGCCCUGCCCAGCAAAUGGGAGGUCUGGACUUGAGCCCACCUCAGCCACUCUGAGACCUCCAGCUGGUUGUUUACUGUCGUUCUGUUCGUGACAUGGAGGUGGUACUCCAUGAUUCCUCAAUGUCUUCCAGCAGUGAUGUUCUGUAGGUCUGACCUUGAUGGGGAUGUGACAUGGAUUCUCCUCAGGGCAGCCCUGCCCAGCCCUCAUUCCCAUCCUCCUAAGGGCGGGGGACUACCUCCCUCUGUCUUCCUCCUGCCCGGCUGCCCUGGCCUCAGGAUGUAGCCAAUAGUUAGCAGCCCAAAGGACACAGAAUCCUCUUAUGCUCAUGACCUAAGACCUGCCCCUAACCACACCAGUGAUGGGCCAAUCUACCCUUGACCUCAGCUCACAGUGGACACAGGCAGCAGCUGGUCCUUGGGUUGUCUGAGAACCACCUUCUCCUGCUGCCCCUGUACCCAGAGCUACAUGGUUCUUCUUUUCCAGGGAUUGGCCAGUCAGAAAUGAUGCUCUGGCCUGUGGAAGACACAAAGUAGUUGAGCUCACAAAUUACAGCCACUGUGUCACCACCUUCCUGCCCACAGCCAAAAGGCAGGAUGAGGGUUCCCUCUUCCCACAGGCUGAUAUAGAGCCCAUUAGCUAAAGGCACAAGCAGGACACACAUCACUGGAUGAACAAGGUCCCAAGCAGCUCUGGAUGAGGGUCCAGCCAGCCCUUGUCAGCCAGGCCUCUGUGACCUGCUAGGACAGCCUGAAAGGCUGGGACCCUUUUCAGAUUUGGCAUCUAUCUCACUUAGGAUCCUGCUGCAGAAACAAGAGCCAUUUUAACUGGCUUAAUUAGACAGGGAUUUACUACCAGCUCCCUGGCUGCUUGCAAAAUCAUUGGAAAGGCUAGAGGAGCAGAGUCUUUGUUGAAUUUCCAAGAACAACUCCAGCUGCCAGAUUCAUCAUGUCUGUUGUGACCAGAAAGCUGCUCCCACCUGCAGGAAUCCACUGCAUCAGAAGCUGUUGACUGCAGAACUGUGAUUCCUCUGCCACUGUCCCCACCAGCGAGUGGCUGUCCUGAGGCCUGCCUCUCUCCACUUAACUCAGGUCCCAAAUCCACACCUCUAGAAGGGCUUCUGUUGGUGGAAGUUUGAGUCAAAUCCCCACCCUUAGCUGCAAGGGAGUCUGGGGAAUGUAGUUUUCCUCUUUCCAACCUCAGCCAUACAAAAAGGCACACUUACAAGAAAGUUAGCAUGGAUUUUAAGCAAACCCAUCUGCACUUUUUGUCAUGGCAUUCAACCAUGAAGAACUCAGGAGAGAAGAGUCCACCUCGAGGCCUUGACCUUGAAGCAGCACAGGCUGGAGGUGUCCCACUGUGGCUGAAUCUCUGCCCAGAGGCAACAACCUGAGGAGUGGGCCUCCAAGAUGGAGCCAAAAUGUCUCCUUAGCCUUGGCCUUUCUUUCUAAUCCUGGGGCCUCGAUUCUGUGCUUGGGGUCUCUGAGCACACCUAUUCCAAAGGAGACAGAAUAGCUGAACAUGGGGGGCUCCAAAUCACAUUUGCCAGGCACUGGGGCCUCCCCUGAGCAAGAGGAAUCCUCAGCCCUCAUCCACCCCCAGAAUCCAACUCCUAGAAUCUGGGCCACCCCCAGCAGUAUUUUUAUUUAAAA